AGCCAAUCCGUUUCCGUCAAAAACACACUGAAGUUCUGCGUAGGAAUUUCUUCACUUUCUUCCUUCCCAUCACCAUCAUUUUAAGAAAUACAACACUUGAAAUCUCGAAACGGAUGAUUGUCGAAGCUUCGAUCCCAAAAAAAGGAAACAGCGCUCUCGAUUUUCUUCUUAUUCAUUCAAAGGCGAUUCUAUGGCUGCGCGCGAUGCAAGGGCUCAAAGUGGUUUGCAUCUAUUUUGCUUGUGCACGAGAGUGCUUUCAGUCAGGAGGAUGUCUUACGAAUUUGGGGAACAAAAAAAAUUAUGCGGAUAACCAAUGGAAUAAUGGUGACUUUGCAGAGGUUGGCAUUGGCCUCAUAGGCUUUGGUUUCUUUUUCACAUUUUUGGGUGUUAUUCUCUUCUUUGACCGGGGCUUGCUCGCUUUGGGAAAUAUAAUUUGGUUGUCCGGAGUAGCUCUUUUACUUGGUUGGCACUCAACAUGGCAGCUGUUUACAAAGAGAAUGAACUACAAGGGUUCUGUGUCAUUUUUUGUGGGGCUCUUCCUCAUAUUUGUUCGUUGGCCUAUUUUCGGGAUCAUCUUGGAAAUAUAUGGUUCCAUCGUUCUUUUUGGUGGUUUCUGGCCUUCUGUCAAGGUUGCGCUAUAUCAGAUUCCAGUUGUGGGAUGGUUUCUACAAUACCCAGUUAUGUUUCUUGACCGUAUGAGGCGGAGCUUUGGUUGAAGAAAUUAUUGGCGGUUGUGCCUGCCAUCUCACAUGCUGUUUGAGGGCCAGUAUACCGAUCGUUUGCUCCUUGAAUCGCUAACCAUUGCAACAUGAAAUAGCACAGUAUACUAACAUCACACCCUUUCAAGGAAAUCAUUUCUGCUAUACAAUUGUACAAAUGUAUUGUCUUUAAAUAUCAUCACAUUGUUCUAUAAAUUGCACUUUUAUCUUACAAGUUGACACAAAGAUUAUCUUGAUCUUAUUUUCUUUCCCUAUAGAAUUUAAACAACUGAAAAUGUAUACAACAGGAAACCCAUCCACUGGGUGAAAAAGGCCCGUCUCUGGCUUUAAAAUCAA